CCGUUAGGAAGCGAUCUGAUUGGCCAAAUAUCCGGUCGGCGACCAAUCCCCAUCGAGACGCGCUGAAUUUCAGAGAGAUCCAAAACCAAAACGGGUAGCAUGCGGAUCCUCGCGUGGCUGCUCCUGCCACUCGCCGCCCGAGGCGACGCCGCCGUGCCCCGCGCUGCGUACGUCAACUCGAUUGGCAAUGUCGGCGCCGUCCAGAACAUCCGGCUCGAAGCCGACCUCGCGAUCCCCGCCGGGCGCGAGCUGCAGCUGCCAAUCACAGUCCCGCCCAUCAUUAUGGCUGUCAAUAGCAACGCGCCGGCCAAAGUCGUGUCCGUGACAACGUCGCACGCCGACGGCGCCGUAGGCGUCGGCGAGGUCAUCGACAUCAGCGUGCAAUUCAACAGCGCCAUCGAUGUUGUCGGGUCGCCCGGGCUCAUCCUGCGCACUGGGUGCCAUUCGCCGGCGUGUCGAGUCCCCGAGAUCCAAACCUUCUUUUGCCGGGCGACGUCAGGCGCCUUUGCCAUUGCGUUCAACGGACAGGCGGUGACCAACGUGCCGUACAAUGCGACGCCGUCUGUGCUGCGCGAGUACUUGCGACGGCUCACGUGCAUCGCAGAGGUCACCGUGGUCUUCGACGCUGGCGUCUCGGCGUGCUCGUUCCGUGGCACGAACGUCGUUGUGACAUUUGACCGCGUGAACUUUGCUGGCGUCGAUGGCGACCUGCCACUGCUCACGACAGACGCACGCAACACGGGUGGCAGCAACAAGACGCUUGUGCACCACACAUUCCCCGUGCUUUUAUCGCCGGUGGCGACUGAAGUCCAAGCCGGCGUCUGCGUCGUCGACCGGACCGCGACGUUUCUCGGUGCGGGCGCGACCGUUGUCCGGUUUCGCUACGUCGUACAACCCGGGGAUGCUACCGACGACCUCGAGUACGCGGGCACCGACGCGCUACUCUUGCACUCGGGCGAUUCGAUGUGCAACCACGGUACGACGAUUGGCGCCAACACGAAGCUCCCGGUGCCGGGGCGGCCACCCGCGUGGGCCACAGGCGGCACGUCCAGCCUCGGCGUCAACGCUGCGAUCGUCGUGAAUACGAGCACGCCCGUCGUCCUCAGUGUGAGCUCGUCGACGCCUAAUGGUAUCUACGGCGUCGGGCAGCUCAUCGAAAUUGGGAUCGUGAUGUCGGUGCCGAUCGCGUACACCGGUGCACCGUUCUUGGUGCUUGCCACAGGGGUCAACACGGCCCCGUGUCCGAUCGUGCGGGUGGACGGCGGCACGGUCCUCGUCGCGCAGUAUGUGGUCGGCCCUGGCCACACGUCGCUCGAUCUCACGUACGUGUCGCCGACGUCACUUGUGCUCCACGCCGGCGACAGCAUUCGCCGACUCUCGACGUCGCCGACGACCGACGCGAACGUCACGCUGCCGAUCAACGGACGCCCAGGCAGUCUCUUUGUGACCAAAAACCUAGUUAUCGACACGACAUCGCCGUACGUGACGUCCGUCUUCGCACUGUCGCCUGCCGGUGCGUACACGGCGGGCGACGUCGUGCAGCUGGCCGUGACGUUCUCGCGUCCUGUGUCGGUCGUCGGCACGCCAGUGUUUCAAUUGAAUACAGGGUUCACCGACCUCUUUCCCGGGUUUGUAGUCGAGACCGUACCCACGAACGGCGAUGCCCAUGUGUUUACGCUUCCCAGCGAACUCGACCUCUCGUCGCUCUCGACGGGCUGUCGCGUCUCGAUCGGCGGUCAGCUCUUCACGGUACUGAGCGUUUUGGCUCCAUAUGUGACGAUGGCCGAAGCGUACACGGGGCCCCCGGUGGCGACCCGAACGAACGGUGCGUCGCCGUUGCUGAGAAUUUUAGCUCCGGGGUAUCAGCUGGCAACGUACGUCGGUGGGUCGACGUCGCAGACUCUGCAGUUUCAGUACGUGGUGCAAAUCGGCGACGCGUCCGCGGACUUGGCCACGGUUUCCGAUUUGGUCUUUCCGCUGGGUGCCAGCAUCCGGCGGCUCUCAACGACACCGACGACGAACGUGACGCCGGAUCUACCGGCGCUCGGCAGCAUCAACAGUCUCGAUGCGAAUGCGGCUCUCAUCGUCGACGCCACCGCCCCCGUCGUCGUUGCCGUGACGACGACGAACCGCGACGGCGUGUACGGCCCAGGGCAAACCAUCGCAUUGCUGAUCACGUUUUCGUAUCCUGUGGCCGUCGUCGGGCUUGGGACGCCCCGCGUGCUCGUAAACACGGGCAUCGACCGAUUUGCUACGUACGUGAGUGGCAGUGGGACACCGACGCUGACGUUUGCACUGACGACGAUGCCGACGGACGCCGCUCCUGCGUUUGGCGUUCUCGGCGCCGAUGCCAUUCGCAUGCCCAACGCGCUCGUCUCGGUGUGUCGGCUCUCGGCGAAUCCUCGGUUGCGCGCCGUGUUGACGCUGCCGUCCCUGCUCGUUGGCCAGAUUCGAGUCGACCCGCUCGCACCCUCCAUCACGAGCGUCGUGUUGGCGUCGGCGACCGCGACGUUGUUUCGUGUCGGUGACAACCUGGAUGUGCUCGUGGCAUUUACCGAGGCCGUGGAUGUGGCAGGGGCGCCGGUCGUUGCGCUGAACGUUGGAACAGCCGUGUUCGUCUCGGGGUCGGGCUCGACCACGCUUCUCUUCCGCUACAUCGUCGGCCUUGGGGAUGCCACGACGCGUGUCGAUGUUGCAACGAUCUAUGUGGUAACGCUGACGGCGGGGACGACGAUCCAGUCGACCGCGACGGCGCGUGCUGCAUGCUUGGUCGUGCAGCCGACGUUGGCACUCGACCGUCACCUGCCCGUGCUAAGUGAGCAAGUCGAUGUCUUGGCCGUUCGUGGUGUCUCCAUCGACGGUCUGUACCCUCUUGGAGCCGUCGUCACCGCGGUUGUCGAAUUCACCGACCCUGUCGUCGUUCCCGGGGCGCCGCGUCUAUGGCUUGCCACGGGCAACCCCAAUGGCGACCAGCCAGCUCUCUUUGCGAGCGUCGACGCCAACAACGUCUACUUCACCUACACCGUCCAGGCCGGUGACGCAGCGUCCCGCAUCACCCUUAGCGACUCGAAUGCACUGCGCUGCUGGAACGACUUUGGACUCAAUUUGAACCCUGCGACCGAUGCUGUCAACGUUGUCGCAACGGCAUUCGGCGACGCCAUCGUUGUCGGCUGGACCGAAGGCCCCGUGCUUCGGGUCAAGCUGUCGAGUUCGAACCCAGCACUGCCGCUUUGGACGCGUCUCGAGACCGGCGCGGGGCUUAAUGUUGACGCCACCAAAGCUGCCGACGGACUGGCGUGCGCUACCCUCGGCGCGCAGCUUGUUUGUGCGUGGCACGAGACGAACGGGAAUGCCUUCCAGCUUUACGCGGCCGCCUUCAACGGCGUUGUGACAGCGCCAUCGUGGACGCUCCUGACUCUGACGGGGCUCAACGUGAACGCCGCGUUCGACGCCAAGGGCGCCGCGACCGUCGCUUUCAACGGUAAGCUGUACGUGGCAUGGGCUGAGCUUCAGGCAUCGGGUCUCUGGACACUCCGCCUCUCGGUGUGGAACGGCAACGUUCUCACGCCGUCGUGGACGCGCAUCGACGGGACGUUGCCACUUGCCGCCGCCAGCGGCCACACGUUUCCGACGUGGCAGGUGUACGGCGGGCAGCCUGUGCUUGCGUGGCAGCAGAGCACGCCCACGACGUCCACCGUGCGCGUUGCCACGUACAACGGCAUCGACGGUGCUCCGGUGUGGACCACUAUGGACAGCGGAGGGCUGAACGCUGCAUCGACGGGACUCGCAGCGCGUCCGUCGCUGGCCGUAUGUGCCGGAAGUCUCUAUACGAUUUGGCAAGAAACACCAACGCCCGGACCCAGCGUGGCGCAGAUCCACGUCAAAGUGUUUGGGCAAGGGACGGCGUGGUCGGCGGUAUCGCCUUCGGGGGGCUUGACGAGCGCCACGACCACCGCCGGCACGCUCCCAAAGCUUGCGUGUUCGAACGUCGGCAAGCUGUUCGCGUCGUGGCAAGAGGCGACAACUCCGUCAACGCUGCGAAUAUCGCUCUUCAACAUGAACGUUGCACUGCCGCAGUGGACGCUAGUGACAGCCGCGGCCAACGACAAUAGCGCCGGGAACGCCGUCGGCGCAUCGUUGGUGAGUACAAGCGCAUACGUGUACUUGGUGUGGUCCGAGGCGCUGCCCAGUGCCAGCUUCCAAGCCCGCGCCGCAGUCUGGGACGCGUUGCAUAUGUCGUGGAACUCGGUGACGUACGCGUGCAUUCAGCGCGUGGGCUCGGCGUUCAACAUCCCAGUGGCCCUGCACUUGCCCGAGAUGCACUCGGGGGCGAGUCUCAGCGACCUUAGCCACUUGGCUAUCGACACCUCAGUGCCCACGAUCAUGGACAUCCGCUCGGUCAACGCCCCGGCAGGGCUCUACGGCGUCAGCGACACGAUUCAAACCGUCGACGUGCUCGCAGUGAGUAGCUCGCCCAUCGUCGGCGGUCAGUUCCAGCUGCAGUACAACGGGUAUCCGACCGCGUGCCUCGCCUGGAAUGCUGCAGCGUCCGACGUCCAAGCCGCGCUCAAUGGUAUUGCGUCCAUCGCGCUCGCUGUCGCCGUUUCCAAGGUUUCUGGUGCCUACCUCGCCGGUGAUUUGUUUGCCGUGACGUUUACGUCACCAGCGCUCGGCGUGCAACCGCUGACAAUCGGCACCGGUUGCGCUCCACUCACCUGCGCCUCGGGUCUAUCGGGUCUCGCGUGUGGUGCGGUCGUCGUCAAUGCGGCGCGCUCGGCGACGCCGUUGCAGCCCGGGUUUCUCGACUUCCAAGUCGUGUUUUCUGCGCCAGUGCAAUCGUUGGGCGCGCCUCCGACGCUAACAAUCGCGACGGGCGCGGGAACCACAGCAACUGCCGUCUACACGCCGGCAUCAGCCACCCAGUACAUCGACGUUGGGGUCACAGGCACGAGCGUGGUGGCCGGCGGCAGCUACCAGCUGCAAUACGGGACGGCGACCACUGGGUGCAUCGACCCAUUCGUCGCCGACGGGGCCCCAACCUCAUUGCGCGCGCAGCUUCUGUUGCUGCCUGCGAUUGCCACACUUGGCGUCGCAUCAGUUGAGACGGAUCGCGUACAGAACGGGUGGCGCCACACCAUUAUCUUUGCUACGGGUUCCCCACUCGCGCUGACACCGGCGAACGGCGUCUGCGACGGUCUCUCGGGGGCGGUGCAGACGAUCGAUGUGGCGGCAUCGGGCGCGUUGACGUCUGGGGGCUUCACGGUUGGACACGCUUCCGUUGGCUCAGUAAGUGCUUGCUUGGACCACGACGUGUCGGCAGCGACGCUUCAAGCGACGUUGACAACUCUCUUGGGUGGAAUCUUUGGCGUGCAAGUAACCCGGCAAAACCUUGCACUGCGUCAUCGUUACACGAUCACAUUCAGCGACGGGACUCUGGCGCAGCGCUCGAUUGACGUUGCGACGACUGGCUGCGCGGCAUUUGCGUGCACUGGCGGCCCUUGUGCAUCGAGCUCCGUCGUCGCCAAUGCCGAUUACGUCGUUGCCGUGGCCGCCACACCGAUCGCAACUUUUCGAUAUGUUGUGCAGCCAGGAGACAACAUCGCGCGGGUCACGCCUCAAACACUCUCUGGUGGCCUUUCUCGCGCCGGGUCCUCACCGGCGGUGUCUGCGAGCACCGUGCUGCCACCGACACUGUCGCUGCCGCCGCUGCAGCUCCACGCAGUAGCGCUGCCAGCCGUUGUCAGCGUCACGCCCAUGUCAGCCAACGGCGCUUACAGCACUGGCGACCGCAUCUGGAUAAAUGUGGUGUUCUCGCACGCCAUGCUCGUGCUUGGGCGGCCCGCAGUCGAAUUGAACUCGAACGGCGUCGCGUUGUAUCGUUCCGGCAACCUUACAACGACCCUUCUCUUUCAAUACACAGUGCUACCGGGCGAGACGACGGCGCAACUGGACGUGUUUUCGGCGUAUUCUCUCCGAGGGUACGUCCUGUACUACGACGCCACGACGUCGGCGUUGGCGCCGGCGACGUUGACGCUGCCUAUGGGUGCCAGUGCCUCGAGUAGUCUUGCUGGUCAAAGCUCCAUCUCGAUCGAUGCGUCGAUUCCGAGUGUCGUGAGUGUCACGUCAACCAAGCCGGCGGGGGCCUACGGCGCGGGCGAAGUCAUUGACUUUACAGUGCAGUUGUCACUGCCCGUCGCCGUGACGGGUGCACCGUCGAUUGCGUUGACGAGCGGCGGCGAGGCCGUCUUUUCGCUUGCAGGUGCACGGCAGCUCAUUGACAUUGGAACGACCGCCGUCAUCACAUCAGGCCAGUACGCGGUGACGUACGGCUCGUCACAAACAAGUUGCAUCAACUACAACGACGUGGCGAUGCUGCAGACGCAACUGCUUGCGCUUCCAGCGAUUGCAGCCAUCGGACUGACCUCGGUCGUCGCCGCACCGUUUGGCGUCGGCACCCGCAUCACCGUCAUAUUUGCUUCGUCGGUGCCGUACGCCGCACCACUGGCCCUAAUUCCCGUCCAAGUACCGCAAUGUGCGCCACUGACCGCAGGCGUCAACGACAAGGCGUUGGUCCGUCGGGGGCUCGACGCUAGUCUCGUGUUCCGCUUCACAGUAGGUGUCUCGGACGCGAUCAACCUUCUCGACAAGGCUGGCGCGGCCAUUAGCCUCAACGGCGGGUCGAUACAGCGCCAGAGCUUGCAGCCGUCGAUCAAUGCACUGCUAACGUUACCGACUGUGCAAGUAGCCGGCAUUCGCAUUGCGGGCGCACCGCCGACGAUUGCUCAAGUAACAAUGCGGACGGUCGGGGGCGUCUACGGCGUGGCGUUCCCGCCCGUACCCAGUCCUGCGACCGCGAAACCUGGCCAGGUCGUGUUCGAGCUCCAGUUUUCGUUACCAGUUGUCUUUGAAUCGACGGUGACCAUCGCCUUGAAUUCGGGUGGGACGGCGCUCGUCAAUGCCCAACUCAGUCCAACCACCUUCUCCUUUGUGUACACAGUGCAGCUGGGCGACGCGACGCCAAGUCUCGAGUUUGCAUCCUCUGCACUCACGGGACGCAUCGUGACGCUCUCGACGUCGCGUUCGCAGGUGGUGACACCAUCGCUGCCGCUACUCGGCCUCUCGGGGGCCAACGUCAUUCAGAUCCAGUCGACGCUUCCCGCCGCCGUCACCUCGAUCACGUCGAAUCACUCGAGUGGCAGUAUCGGUGCCGGAGAAGUCGUCGAUGUGCAAGUAGGGUUCGGCAAGCCCAUUUGUACCUUCUCGGGCGUCAACAUCCAUCCGCGCUUGCCCGCCGAUGGACCCGACAUGGUUGUUCUUGAUGCUCUCACGUACCUGGCGUGGAGCGAGCGGUCGUCGCCAACGCAAAGCAUGGUCUAUGUCUCCACCUUCGACGGUACUCAGUACCGCGACAUUACGCUUCCGGCAAGCGGCGUCAACCGAGAUCCUCGGGGCGAUGCGGCGCACCCUAAGCUCGGCGUAUGGAACAGUGUCGUGUACGUAGCGUGGGCCGAAGAUGGUAUCAUCAACGUUGCCUAUUUCAACGGUCAACUGGGGACACCGGCGUGGACGCUGCUUCCGUUCAUGGGCACAAAUGCCAACCAAAUGGCAGUAGCGACGACGCCCACGCUCAUCGAGUACCUCGGUGUGCUCUUUGUCGCUUGGAUCGAGCGGCCGGUUGCGACGCCGGCAGUCAGCGUCGUUCGCGUUGCUUCCGGCACUGCCUCGGGGGACUGGACCUUCUACGACACUAAAGUUGGCGGCUACGGUCUCAACACCGACCCAGCGACAGAGUUGACACUGUACGAAUUCCACUCGCAGCUGUACCUCGCGUGGGUCGAGACGCAAGCGACGACCAAAGCGAGCUCAAUUCACGUGGCCAUGCUCGCACUGAGCACGAUGACGUGGGUGCCGAUUCCUCAAGUCGGCGUCAAGCGCAACGCAACGGCCUCGGGUUUGACGUUCUCCGAGCUUUCAACAACCAACGGUAGCGUCUUCAAGUUACACUGGUCGACGACUGGUGUCUCGAACGCGCAACUGCCGCAGCUUCACGUCGCGACCGUGUACCCGCAGUAUUGGAAGGAAGAGGAUCGACUGCAAGGGUCGCCCGGCGUCGACAUUUCCCUCGCAUUGUGCCAGGGUAAUACCUUUGCAGCGUGGCGACGGCCGAUCGCGGGCGUGGCGACGCAAGUCGUCGCUGGUGCUGUCCAUGCGUCAGGGUUUCUCAUGAUGAGAACGUCCAGCCUGAACCACAACACCAGUAACGACGUUCUCGGCCUCAAGCUUGCGUGCUUGCCAACUGGCCUCGGGCUUUUCUGGACCGAGUACGACGGCGUGGCAGCCAAGGCGCGACUCCAAACGGCGCCCGCGACGCUGCCGUUGCAGUGGACGGAAGUACCAUUGAACUUUCCUUCGCUCGCACUGACGUCGGGGCUUGUGGCGCUGGGCACCGAUCGCAGUGGGUCGUGCGCUUCGGUCCUCAAUUUUCGGUUGACGGUGCCGGCGUCAGCGCCGCUCAUCCCACUGCUCAACGUCGUCUCGCUCAACACCAACCGUGCUGCCAUCUUGGAGGCCACCGCGUUUGGCUCCGCCAAUCUCGUUCUGUUUCCAGCCGCCACCGAUACGCGCAGUCUCAGCUACUCGACACAGCUAACGAUCGACACGACACCGCCGACCGUCCUGGAUGUUUCCACCAACGCGACGGCCGGCUCGUACGGUGUCGGCCAUGUUCUUUAUGUAUCUGUGCAGUUCUCCGCGCCCGUGUCGAUUUCGCCUUGUGCCACCGGUUCCGCGGCGGUGCUGCUCUUUGAGUCAUCGGAACCGUCGAUAGACGGGACCACCGUGCACUUUGCGCGGUACGUCGGUGGCAAUACCACGGAUACGCUCAUUUUUGCGUAUACCACGGGCGCGUUCGACGCCUUCUCGCAUUUUGAUUACCCGCUCGUGUCGUCGUUGCAACUGAAUGCGACUUGUCGCGGCGCGAUCUGGCGUGCCGCCUCGACGCCGACAACCGCGGCUUCGCUGACGCUGCCACUCCCCGGCGGUGGCCACUCGAUUCGGCGGGUGCCGAUCACGAUCCGCAACACGGCGCCAAUUGUUACGAACAUUGUGGCGGCCAAUGCCAGUGGUACGUACUACAGCGGCGACGUGCUCGUUGUCCGCGUCAGCUUUUCGCUGCCCGUUGUCGUCACCGGCGCGCCGAGUCUGUGGCUCGUUGUCCAGCCGAACGGUGUGGUCGGGGACGCGGUCUACGUCGGAGGUUCGGGCACAACAACGCUCUUGUUUCGAUAUGUCGUGAGCACCGAGGAUGCCGGGGCGGUAAGCCUCUGGGACGACCGUAUUGCGCGAACAGGAGUUGACUUUACCUGGGCGUUGCGGCUCAACGACGGCUCGAUCAAGCGCUUGGCUACCAUCCCAACGACCCCGGCGAUCGUCGCGUGUCCUGCACCAGGUACACCAGGGUCCCUGGAUCUCAACAGUCAACUGGUUCUGGUGUCGUCACCACCACGCGUGCUUGCCGUGACAACCUCCAAACCCGACGGAACGUACGACGUUGGAGAAAAUAUCGACCUCAGCGUUCGUUUCUCGCUGCCCGUUGCUGUCACUGGUUAUCCUCAGCUCGUUUUGAACACAAAUUCGUAUGGAACGGCUACGGCUUUGUACACUGGAGGCUCGGGCUCAGCGACGUUGACGUUCCGGUACACGGUGCAGUGGGGGGACAGUGCAAACCCUCUCGCGUACGUCGGACCCGACGCCCUCGUUCUUGUGCCGCCACCGGCCCUCGACCUUCUUCAGCCCCCGCCGUUGGCUACGAUCCGCUUGGUCUCGACCCACCCAGUGCAGCCCGCCAAUUUGACUCUGCCGCCCUUGGGGCCGCUCCCGCAGGUCAACGCUCCGACCAACCUCGAACAGAAUGGUCAUUUUAUCGGGAUUCGCACCGACGGCUACCGACCCCUGCGCGUCGUUACGACGGCGUCGAAUGGCACAUACUGCGUCGGCCAAGUGCUACCGCUCGUUGUGCGGUUUCCAGCACCUGUCGUUGUGACCGGCGUGCCGUCGCUUGCACUCAACGUACCGUCGACAGCGACGUACGUCAGCGGCUCCAACUCGGACUCUCUGCAGUUUACCUAUAUUGUGGCGCCUGGCGACGUCGCCGUAGCCCUCGAUGUCACUGCGAUCGUACUGGCGGCAAACCAACGCAUCACGGACCCGACCGGGCUGCCCGUAUCGUUGACGCUACCGGCCGGUGGCUCGGGCUCAAGCUUGCGCGAUACGGCAGCAUUGGGCAUUGCCGGUGUGCCCCCAACCGUCGUACGGCUCGUCGGUGUCUCUCCGUCCGGCACGUACGCGGCUGGAGACUCGCUGACCUUUGCCGUCGUAUUCUCAGCACCGGUCGUUAUCUCUGGUGCUGCUCCCGUUGUCACCCUUAAUACUGGCCACGUGGCUAGCUACCGUUCUGGCUCUGGUUCGACUUCGCUCGUGUUUCAAUACACUGUGCAGGCGGGCGACAACGGCGUACUGGACGUCGCGGGCACCGGCGCAUUCGCCGGCAUCGUGCUUGGUCAAUCCACGACACCGACGACACCUGCCAACGUCGCAGUCCCGGCUCCUGGUGCAGCGUCCAGCCUCGCGGGGACAUCGGCACUGAUUGUCAUGUCGGUGCCACCCGUCGUCGUCGCCGUCACGUAUGUGGAUGUGCCGUACCAGAGUCGCGUCGUCUGCACAAGCGGCGACACACUGCAGAUCCAAGUUGCCUUCUCCGCGACCGUCGUCGUCGCGCCAGGUGCUGUGCCGACGCUGACGCUGGCGACGCGCGGCGCGACCAACGCCAUCGCGACGUAUCUUGGCGGCUCGGGAUCGCGCUACUUGUUUUUCCGCUAUAUCGUGCAGCCCACAGAUGCUGCGUCCGUGCUCGAGUAUGCCGCCUCAAACCGACUGAUAGGGUCGAUUUACCUUGCGAGUGCGGUGCCAACGGUCUUGGCCAACUUGGCGUUACCGCCGAUCGGACGGGGGCGCAGUCUCAGUGACCAUGCCGUUGUCACUGUGUGCAACACGUGUCCGUAUGUGGUGUCGGUCUCGAGCCCCUCUGCUACGAUCGCCAGCGCUGGUCAAGUGCUCACAUUCUCAAUAACGUUCUCCAUACCGGUGUUUGUGCUCUCCGGGCAGUUGCAGCUACGGCUUGCCAUGCCACUGGAGCGAUAUGCCACGUAUACCAGUGGCAACGGGUCGACCAGUCUGGAGCUGUCGUACACGGUGCAGACCGGUGACGACGCGUACCCCGUUGAGGUCGUCAACAAAUAUUCGCUGUUUGGCGCCACCGUCGUGUCGGCGGCGCCACCGUCGCUUGUGGCGUCCCUUCAGCUGCCAUUACCCGGUACCGCCAGUAGCUUGAGCGUGCUGACGCCGAUUCGAAUUGACACGUCGCCACCGACGAUCACAAAGGUCUCAACAACGACACCCGAUGGCACAUACGGACCCGGUCAAGUCAUUUCGAUCGCGAUCACGUACUCGUUCCCAGUCGUCGUGAUGGGUACCCCGACGUUGACCUUGGCGCUCACAACGCCCGGUGCGCGAUUGGCCCUCUACAGCCCGAGCGCAUCGACGUCGACGACGCUGCAGUUUGUGUACACGGUCGCCGUCGGAGACGCUGUCUAUCGACUCGACUACAUGAGGCUCUGUAGCCAGAGUCUCCUCGUUCAAGAACUGGAAGGGUACGACACCGCGGCGACGGGCCUCGGCUGUCUGCCGUCCGGUUCAGCUCUCGAGCUCAACGGCGGAGCCAUCAAGGCGCAGGCGACGACACCCGUUGUCGACGCAUCAACGGUCCUUCCUGCGGUGAACCCGUGGCCCCUCGUGCGCUACGUCGGCGUUGGCAACAACGUUACGUAUGCGUCGCCCGGUGUCGGCCCGAUUGCGUCGGCUCCGCCACAGAGUCUUUGCACCUACACGGACGAGGGCUCGGAGUUUCUUCUUUUGAGCAAUGGGGUGCCCAACCACGCCGUGCCACCGACGGUGCAGCCGACAAACUACCUCUUCGAACUGCCCCGCUUUCCGUCGGUCGGGUUUGCCCGCCGUCGCCCAGUCGGUAUCGUCGGUAUCUUGGUCAACGGCGUACCAAUCAACAACACGGCGCUGGGUGACACUGUCGUCGCCGACGCGUGCGGCGGUGCCGUCGACGCCAUGGGACGGUACUCGUACGUCGCAGCGCCCACGUGUCUCGGUUUGACGAAUGGUCUCUUGGGAUUUGCGUUGGACGGGUUCCCGAUCUAUGCGAUGCCAGUGAGAUUCGCCUCGUAUCUCGACGAGUGCAGUGGCUACGUCGACCGCGACGGUCUCUACCGCUACUACCUCAACACGACGCUUCUCGUACUGUCAAGGACGUUUCUACCGUGCUACAAAGGUACACCGGUGUCAGCCAACGCGGCCGAUACGUACAAGCUGGCAGCCAUUGCCGGUGUUGAGGGAUUCGCAGCCUCGAGCAUCAACCUCAAGCAGCUGCAGGUGAUUCCUGCCGACGUCUCGGGGCUCUGGCGCAACCCAUCCAACGUCGCUGUCAGCACGACGGCGUCGUUCCUCUACGUGUCGAGCACGGGGAUUCCGGACGGGGUGUUUGGACCAUUCCCAAAUGCAUACAACCCGCAUACGAUCAAGCAAAAAGCGUACACGUUCGUGCUACCGCGGUCGCCGACGUGGAGCAAUGUGCCAUCGCCGGUGCUACCGGAUCGUCCGAUCGGUGUCAUGCUCAACGGCAUCCCCUUUUACAGCUACAUGGACAGCAGCGGCAACUCGUUGCGGAACCCAGCCUCCGCCAACUACUUGAUUCUGGACGCUUGCAACGGGUACGUCGACGGCGCCGGCGCGUACCGAUACUACGCUGCGCCCGACUGCCUCCUCGACGCACUCAACGACGUUGCCGGGACAACGUCACCCGUUAUCGGGUAUGCGCUAGACGGCUACCCGGUCUACGGGCGGUACGACAGCACGGGCGCCGUACCACUGGAUCUGGACGCGUGCAACGGCAAGUGGCACGCAGAUGGGCGCUACGGCUACCACGUCACGGACACACCACCGUAUACGAUCAACUGCUUUCACGGUGUGGUGCCCACCACUACUGGCGCGCCGUUGUACCGCAGUCUCUCCACCUCGAGUGCCAUCACCAUUUCGUCCGCGGCACCAAGAAUACGCGAUGCCACAAGCGAGCGCCGCCCUGGAACGUACGGCGAGGGCGACGCGGUUGAUAUCCAAUUGUUAUGGUCGGCGCCGGUCGUUGUCACGGGCGCCCCGACGCUAACGCUCGCGAUUUUCAACAACAUUACGAGCGCGCCGGCGUCGGCGCAGUAUGUUGCCGCCCGUAGCUCGGCGACGACCAGUGUUUUUGUCUACACGGUGGGACCACAUGAAUUUGCGUCCAGUAUUCGCUUGGCGUCUAUCAACGCGCUCGUCCUGCCACCGGGCGCCGGCAUCUAUCGACAAGCGACCGUCCCGACGCUGCCAGCCGAGCUUACCUGCCCCGCUACGGCUCUUGUGCUGGCCGAUCGCGUCCAAACGGUGGCGACCGUAGAGCUCAAGGUCCGGGGACUGUACCACUCGGCCGCGAACGCGAUCUCUGCCGUCGUCGUACACAACGACAUAUUUGCGUCGGUGUUUCAGCCGGUGGCGGCGCCGUCGUCAGUGUUUGGCCGCCCCGUGCCACCGAUGCCAAGCGUCGUCGAAAAAACAACGGGUCUCGGGGUCGACGUGGCGUUCGUCGAUAUGGUGUUCGGACCCAACUUGGCGCUGGGAGGCACUGCAACGCAGAGCUCGACGUUUGGUCCGAGCGGUCGCGCCCGGCAUGCCAUCGACGGCAACCGGUCUCCGUUUCACGCGAGCUUGGGGGCGUCUCGGACGUCCGGUGACGAUCCGAUGCCGUGGUGGCAGCUACGACUUGCGCAGCCCGCGAGCAUUGGCACCAUCAAGCUCUUUCAAGUAGCGCAAGCGACGUCGCAGCUCGAGGUCCAACUCGUGCAGACGUCAGGGCCGGUCCUUGCCGCCGGCACGUUUCAGCUACUGUUUCAAAGCUGCACGACCAACCCCAUCGCCGUCGACGCCGUGCCGAGUCGGGCUGACGAAAGCGUCUCGGCCAUGGGCGCGUCGUUGCAAGCUCUUUUAGAGCCCUGCACGGGUGCGAUUGCCGUCUCCCGAAGCGCACUCCAGCGACUCAACAUGUACACGUGGAGCGUCACCUUCCUCGAGACGCGGGGCGACGUACCGCUGCUGCAGGCCAUCGGCAUCACGUCUCCAACGCUCUCUGUCGCCAUCUCGACGUUGUUUCCCGGCUCGGACAAUACAUUCUACGCGUACCAAGAGCCGCUGACGCCAGUGUUCGACUUGCUGGUACCGUGCUAUGUCAUGGUGUUUGACGCUCUCGCCUCCAUGACCUUCGAGUCGUACUUGGACGCGCUGGAAAACGCCGUGUGGAGUCAACAAGUGACGUCCGGCGACGAUGAAAUCUCUCUUGUGCUGCCGCCCGGCGUCCGCGGUCAGUACAUCCGCGUGCAGCGCACGGACGACCUUGUCUUGUCGCUGGCCGAGGUCGAAGUGUAUGCCGAGUACCAACGGUCGUUCUCAAGGUACAACCAAGGCAGUCCGAUCCGAGGUGCUUCGUAUGCCAGCUCCAGUGUUCAGGCCUGGGCACCUGAGGUGUCGUUUGCAUACGCCUUUGGCGGCAUCUCGAGCGUUGGCGCGUGGACGCUUCGUCUCACCGACCACGCCCCAACGUCGACCGUUGACGUCGGAGGCGUCUCGGAUUGGCAACUGAUUAUCACCAACAGCGCUGGCACGUCGGUGACCUACUACAUGGACGUCACCGCGCGUCUCUUGACGCUACCCAAGUACGGACAAGUGCUACUGGACAUUUCGCAGACCGAGGUCGACUACCUCGACACCGAUGGCAACAACUACCUCGACACGACCGAGGCGACAACGUACUUGGUGAAUUACUGGCCGCAGUACGCACUCCUUGAUGCGUUUCAGCGCUACCGCGUUCUCGCAGAGCUCCUCGAGACGUAUGCGUCAACAGGCUGCGUGCCCGUGUGGGGCGAGCUGGGUCAGCAGCGAACGCGCCCGCGUGUGUGCGCCACCUGCGUUGUGCCGUCGACGUACUUGGAGCUCUACACGGCGGCCUCCCGCGCGACAGCCAACACGUUUGUGCUCAAAGGGCGCCACAUCCAGUACGCGCCGCAGAGUGCUGCGUUCGUCGGCCUCGACGCGCUCUAUUUCAGCAUCUCGCUCGAGAACCAGGAGAGCGCCGACCCCGGGCUCGUGCGCAUCGAAACGUUGCCGUGUCGCGAGGCGACGUGUGCCAUGGACGUUCACGACGCCACGAGCCCAUACCAGGCACUGUCGAGUACGCUCGUCAACUACUAGCGUGCCACGUCAUGAGUUGGCUCUUUGUAAAGGCAAUCUCGUCUUGUCCUGUUGGCUACUUAAGCGUCAGAGGAGCUGGCAGGCAUCCAGCGGCGACGACGACGCGACACAGCCACCGCGCCGCCUGUCUCCAUGUCCCGAGAUACCGUGUCACUUGACUGCUAUAAUAUCGAAAUCGAUAUCGG